GGAGAAUGUCACUCGAUCAGGAAGGUGACGCCGCGGAGAUCGAAAUUAAAUGUGUCACGCGCGUGACGUGUGUGUUUGGUCACGUUUCUUUCCCCUCCACAUUCAGAGCCCUGUUCAGUGUCUUGCAAUGUCGUCAAAACGCAAAUGGGACCAGGCUGCCCCUGAAUCAACACCUCCAGAAUUGGACCAUCCUGUAAAGGCGCCAAAAACAGAUGAGGGGAAGACUGCCUCUGAAGCUGCGGCCGCUGCUGCUGCCAUUGCUGCCAAAAUUGCCGCACAAUUUAGUGCUGGCGGUGGCAUCGCCGGGAGCAUACAGAUUGGACAGAAGGACCCGCAUGAUGGAGAUUUUACCCAUGACAUUGAUAUCAACGAUGUCCGGAACCGGUAUAUGUUGACGAAAGGUUCUACACAGACCGAGAUUCAUGAAGAUACGGGCGCGUCAGUCAGUACCAAGGGUGUGUGGUACCCAGAUCGAUCAAAGGCAACGGAGAAGGACCCUCCAUUAUACCUUCAUCUUUCGGCUUCAAGCAAGGAAAUGUUGCAAAAGGCAAUUGACAAGGUUAACGACCUAAUAGCAAUUGACCUCGGUCCACUGGUAGAGGAUAAGAAGGAUCGAUUGCGCGAAAAGCGUAAAUGGCCCGAAGAGAAAAUGCCUGUGGGCCUCGAAACUAUUCGCAAUUUCAACGUUCGUGCCAAAGUUGUUGGGCCACAGGGAAUGUUCGUGAAAUACAUCCAACAAGAAACAAGUACACGUGUGCAGAUAAAGGGUCAAGGUUCAGGCUUCGUAGAACAAGAAACCGGCCGGGAGUCAGAUGAACCUAUGCACAUACACAUUACGUGAGGUUUCAUGCAUUUGACUACUCGUAUGACUGACACUUUAAUAGCGGACCAGAUGAAAACCAAGUGG